AUGCAGUGUAUCCCAGCCCAGACUGUGUACUCCAUGAAGGGUAUUUUGCAGUUUCAGCAGGCGGACGACAGAAUAGAUGUGAUUGUGGCUGAGACCACUGAGGCCACUGAGGCCACUGAGACCACUGAGACCGCGGAGACCGCUGAGACCACUGAGACCACUGAGACUGCUGAGACCACUGAGACCACUGAGGCCACCGAGGCCACAGAGACCACUGAGACCACUGAGGCCGCGGAGACCACUGAGACCGCUGUGACCGCUGAGACCACUGAGACCACUGAGACCACUGAGACCACUGAGGCCACUGAGGCCACUGAGACCACUGAGACCGCUGAGGCCACUGAGACCACUGAGACUACUGAGACCACUGAGACCACUGAGGCCACUGAGGCCACUGAGACCACUGAGACCGCGGAGACCACUGAGACCGCUGAGGCCACUGAUGCCACUGAGACCACUGAGACCGCGGAGACCUCUGAGACCACUGAGACCACUAAGACCACUGAGGCCACUGAGGCCACUGAGACCACUGAGACCGCUGAGACCACUGAGACCGCUGAGACCACUGAGACUCCCCCUGGUGUGUGCUGA